CAUUACUUUGAGUGUGACGCAGAGGGAUACAGAUACAGUUCUUAGGAUUUCUCGUCACUCUAAACUAUAUUGGUCUUGCGUUUCUUUAAACACCUUUGUCAUUGGACGAGGAGGGGGAUUCGGGACGAAACACGGGGUCUUUCACGAGGGAUAGUGAAAAGAGUUUUCAUCCGGCCACACGGUUAAAACAUCCCAUGUAGGAUACCAUGUGCUUGUCUUUGGGUAUUACGAAAUAUAACAUGAGGUGCAUGAAAGAUAUCUACAAACGUGGAUAUGGAGAGUAGUGGUCAAAAGUUGUAAAAGAAAAUCUCAGAGAAUAGACUAAUAGAGAAUAGAAUAAUUUUGCCGAUUUAUUUUAGGAGGAGUCUUACAAUGAUAGCCAGUAACUGUAAUGGUUUCUGGUCGCGGCCUCUUUUACGUGUCCUCCUCGUGAUCACCUCUGCUAUAGUUAUUGAAGCAGCAACCUGCCCAGAUUGUGCCACUGCACCAUGGGGAGAAUAUGGCCUCUGCUCGGUUUCGUGCGGCGUCGGGGGCGUACAGGUUCGCCGGAGGACAUGUGGGGCUACCUGUGAAGCCCAGGAGCAGAAGCGGCCAGGAUGCAACCUUGUCGAGUGUCCCGUAGAUUGUGAAGCAACUCCUUGGACAGACUGGCUACAAUGCGUCUGCUAUGACGGGAAUCGUGUAGAACUUGAGCAGUGGCUGUGCUCGCGGUACAGAAGCCGUAAAACCGAACCAAAGUUUGGUGGCAAGUGCAUCCUUUAUGAACAGAGAAAUAAUGGUACACUGUGUUGUAAGAAGGAUUGUAAAGUGAGCGAAUGGAGUCAUUUCUAUCAUUGCGAGGCCAAGUGUGAGCAAAAGGGCAUCCAAAGAAGAUUGAGAAAGAUUGUGCGACCAGCAUCCUGCAAAGGUAAAGAAUGUCCAACUAACUUUGAGGAGCAAAGAGAGUGCAUGGGGAUAUGUUGCCCCAUCGACUGUUUGGUAGGAGCUUGGAGCGAGUUUACAGAGUGUGAUGCAGUGUGCGGCAGCGGAUUCAAGACAAGACAAAGAUCAUUCACACCUCCGAAGUGCCUCGGAAAGGCCUGCCCACCAAUAUCAGAAUCAGUGGAGAAGCAACCCUGUGUGAAGUAUAACAACGCCGAUUGUACGGUGAGUUCGUUUGGACCAUGGAGUGACUGUGUCCUGGCGAAUGGUAAAUGUGGCGCGGGGACAAAGACGCGUACCAGGACUAUGGUGCAACAAAAAGUAUGUAAGGGAGCAGAGUGCCCUGCUUUGACCGAGACCAAGGCCUGCUCUGGUCAGUGCUGUGUAACGGAUUGCGUGGUCACCGACUGGACACAGUGGUCCGCUUGCAACGCUGGUUGCGGGGAAGGAAUUAGCGAGCGUAAGCGUACUGUGAUGACCAACGACGACUGUGGAGGUAAAGCUUGCCCUAAACUCUUUGAGACGAGAACGUGUACGGAGAGCGUGAAGAAGGCGUGUGUGAUGAGCCAGUGGUCGGCCUGGACCGAGUGUACAUCCACAUGCGGUACAGGCACACAGCAGGCAACCAGGAUUGUGAAGACACCGGCCUACUGCGGCGAAGAAUGCCCUGACCAGGAUAAACUUUUGAAAACACAGAGUUGUGAGAGGUUCCUGAAUGAAGAUUGUAAGGUUAGCGGGUGGGGCCCAUAUGGCGAUUGUGUUCGCAGCUGUAAAGGUGGGAGUAAGACGAGAACGAGGACGGUAAUAACGCCACAAAAAUGUAAAGGAAAGCCAUGCCCCGAUUUACAGCAAGUUGUUCCAAAGUGCCACUCGACCUGCACUUCCAAUCAAGAGUGCACCUCUCCGGGUGCUGUCUGCUCCUGCAAGCUUGGUUUCAAGCUGAAUUCCGGAAAGACAGAUUGCGAACAGAUUUACUGCCCUCGAAACAAGCCUCUCUAUUGCCCAUCAGGACUGAGGCAUCCGAAGUGCAAGGACAUCAGGUUCCAUUGCGUAGAUUACCCGCCAGUCCCGGGCAGUGUCUGCAGUGCUCGCUGUUCUUCUGACCCCAAACAACCAGACGGAGACCCGAAAGACCCAACCAGAGACAUCCGGAAGACUACAGACCCAGCUAAUCAGGCGCGCUUGGACAAAGGCUUGCCACUGGAAAUAAAAUGUGAUCCUGAGGGGCUAUGGCCCAGCCACACUAUAUAUUGUGGGCCGAUUAACAAGGCUCCAACUGGCAUAACCGUCAGCAAGUUGUCGAUAAGCGAGGGUUCUAAACAGAAGUGUUUCGCCACGAUCGCGGUCGUCUCACCAGACCAAGACACCCACACUAUCUCUCUCAGUAACAACCCAUUGAAUCGACUCUAUAUCGAUGGAACUAGUCUGUGUUGGAAAGUUGCUCCCAAUUACGAGGCUGCAAAGAGUUGGGAGUUCAAAUUGAAGGCAACUGACCUUGAAGGUGCACUUUUCGAACAGAACUUUACCCUCGAGAUCAUCAAUGUUAAUGAACGGCCAAUCAACAUAAGGCUAGUUCCGAACACUCUCCCCGAGAACAGCCCUAAAGGAACCAAAAUAGGCUACGUCACUGCCUAUGAUGAUGAUAAAAAUAAAAUCAGCUUCGAAGUGCUCGACACGGACGAUGGGAUGUUUGAAACCUUCACAGAUCCGAGCAACGGCAAGAUGAACUUGAGGGUAGCGAAAGAUCCCAACUGCGACAUUUCCUAUGCCACAACCUGCCUCCUGAACUUCGAGCGAAAGCCGGUACGGUCGAUAAUCAUAAAGGCUAAAGACGACGGUAAUCCGUCCUUGUUCAAUAUCCAAGCGGUUCCCAUCCAGUUAACCGAUGUCGACGAUAAGCCAGCUAAUGUCAGCGUAGCCAAAGGAUCACAACUGAAUGAAUCAAUGAAAGUUGGUGAUCUAUUAGAACUAGCGACGUUUGAUGAGGAUAAGGACCAAACACAAACCUACACGCUCCUUGACGACUCGAGUGGAAUGUUUAAGAUAGUCAACAACAAACUGACGAUAACCAAGACGCUAAAUUAUGAGAAAGAUAAGGUGCUCCAGUACGACAUCAAAGUGCGAUCCGUAGGACCCCCGCCCAAGUCAUAUUCGGUUGAGUCUGUGAUCACCAUGAAGGUGUCAGAUGUGAAUGAGCAACCCUUUGACCUUCAGCUCACGUCAUCGGGGGCUCAAAUCGACUACAAGAUCAACAAACCAGUGGUCAGGGAGAAUUCGCCAACCGGUACUGUCAUUGGUGAAAUAACGGUGAAGGAUGAAGACCAGGAUGACGCACUGACCGCCAGCUUGGAGGGUCUUGGACUAAGCAGCCCAAAGGUUCAGAUCUCGAAACCUUUCAGCUGCAGUCGCGUCCAGACAGAAACCUAUUGCAAGGCAGUUCUGGCAAUAGCGGGAGCUCUGGAUUAUGAAACCAUGCCUGAGUUGAAGUUUACCAUCGUAGCAACAGACACUGGUGGACUGAAACAGAAGUUACCCAUUACAUUGAAAGUACAGGAUAUCAAUGAGGCACCAAAGGAUAUCGAAGCAAAAUCACCCGAGGGCACAAUCAUCGAUACGUUAGAGAUCGUUGAGAACGCCAAUGAUGCCUUCGUGGCGAAGCUGGAGGGUGUCAAAUCUGAUAAGUACACCAAGUUCAAGUAUUCCCUCUUAUACAGUGCUGAUGGGAAGUUUGUGAUUCUGGCGGGUUCUAAUAUACUAAAGACCGGAAUUCAAGCCAACCUGGACUUUGAGUCCAAGGUCAACGAAUACAGCGUUAGCGUCUCGGUGACAGACAACGGUACCGUGCCCUUGACCUACACGAAGAAAUUUAACGUCAAGGUCAAAGAUAUUAACGAGGUACCAACCACGGUCACCGUGUCGAAGAACGAGGUAACCGAGAACUCAGCUGUUGGGACAGACAUCGCUACUCUGACCACCGAGGAUCCAGACAAUGAGGAGAGCGCAAGGCAGACGUUCACUUACUCGUUAGCAGUUGAUGCCAAGGGUAGAUUCAAGGUCUUGGGGAACAAACUGCAAGUGGCUUCGUCUGCUGAAAGAUGUGGUGCAUCUCCUUGUAAAAUCAACUACGAAAAAGAUAAAUCGCAUGUCCUGAUGAUCAAAGUUGUUGACAGCGGAAAGCCUCCGUUGAGCGCCACCAUUAGUCAGGAGAUUGUAGUGAAGGAUGCUAAUGAUGCCCCGACCGAUGUUGCCCUGAGCAACGAUGUCGUGUAUGAAAAUGCAAAAGCUGGAACUGAAAUAGGAAUUUUAUCAGCCAAAGACGAAGAUGCCGGGCAAACCGUGACCUUUGACCUUACUCAAGGUCAAGAAUUUGUUACUCUGACUGGGAACAAGCUUUUUACAGCCAAAGUAUUCAGCUAUGAGGAGACGACCAAGUUCAGUGUAACGGUCGUAGCUAAGGAUAGUGGGAGUCCAAUUUUAAGUAAAUCUCAAGCAUUUGAUAUCAGCGUGAAGAACGUCAACGAGCCUCCGUUGUGUCCCACCCUCGCCGAUAUCCCCGUGGACGAGGAUAAAGCCUCGGGGUCUGUAAUCGGAAAGCUGGAUGUGACUGAUGGUGACAAUGGCGAGACCAUCACAUUCAGUCAGGAUAACCUGAAGGAUGUCUUCGGCUUGACGGCUCCUUCCUGUGCGAAGGUGACUCCAAGUGGAACGAAAUGUACGGCAUCUGUGAAGCUUAUGAGUAGCUUAGAUUAUGAAAAGCAGAACAAUUAUGAGGUGACAUUUAGAGCUAAGGAUGCAGAUGGCCUUGAGUGCUCAGUGAAGGUCAAGGUCAUUGUGAAGGACAAGAAUGACAAGCCAACGGGUAUAUUGCUCGAUGGAGAAUCUAAGUCGACCAUCAGAGUGACAGAGGGUUCUACACCAGACACAGUACUGACACUCUCCACUCAAGAUCCAGAUGCACAAGACUCACAUACCUACACUAUCAAGGAGGCCAGUGUUGGGGCUUUCUGUAAGAUCGUUGGCAGCAUCAUGCAGGUUUCCGGAUCAGCUCUUGAUUAUGAAAAAGUGAAUGAAUAUGUCUUCCACGUGAUAACCAAAGAUAAGGGAGGCCUCACCUUCGAAAAAGCUUUCAAGUUGGCUGUUCUCAAUGCUAAUGACCCUCCUUCAAGCCUGGUGUUGGAUAAGAAAAAUGUGGAUGAAAACAGUGCUGCCGAAACCGUAGUUGGGAAACUAAGCACGACAGAUCCCGAUGCCGGCCAGACCACGUUCGUUUACACCCUUCUUGACGCGGAUGGCCGAUUCAAAAUGGAUGGAGACAAUCUCAAGGUAGCGGCAUCAAAUGUGGACUGCUUGAAGUUCGGUGGUACGAAUUGUCGGCUGAAUCACGAGGUCACCCCGAAAGUCACAGUCAAGGUCAGAGUCACUGAUUCUGGCCAACCACCAUUGUCUAAAGAUGGCGACUUUGAGAUUCUAAUCAAUGAUGUAAAUGAUGCGCCAAGGGAUCUCAAAUUGGACGGUCGUGAGGUCCGCCAAAGUGCUGCGCUUGACUCAGAAAUUGGGAAGUUGUCAUUAACGGACGAGGACAAGGGACAGACCCACACCUACACAAUGACUAUCAGCUCGGGAAACGAGGGUGGACACUUCAAGCUUAAAGGUGCUUUACUUGUCAAGAAUACGGCAAAUAAACUUGACGUUACCAAGACGUACAAGCUGACUGUAGAAGCGGCUGACAGUGGAAACCCAGUUAAAAAGGUAACUGGUACAUUUGACAUACUGGUUCUAAAAGACGAAAACAUACUCAAAUCAGCCGUAUUUACGAAAGAAGGUGGAAGUCUGGUAUUUGAUAAUGACAAAGCGGCUGUAAAUGAGAACUCGAAACUUGGUACCGUGGUUGGUACACUCGACUACACCAUUUCCGCUGGACUGACGAACGUGGAAGUCAAACUGGUUGGUAGCAGUACGUUCCAGUUGGGUGCGGUUGAUUUUAAAGGAGAAAAAGUGAAAGUCCAGGUCAAAGUCGCCGGCGCAUUGAACUUCGAGGAGAAGAAAACCUUCACCAUUCUGACAAAGUUGACCUCCACUAAUGGCGAGAGCAGUAAGGCAUUCACCAUCGCGGUCAGGGACGUUAAUGAGAAACCGGAGGAGAUAACGCCGAGCAAAGUUCCGCUUACUGUCGAGGAGAACUUUAAGGGUCAAAUUGCAAGCUUUACCGUCAAGGAUCCUGACAACCCAGACGCCCAUACGUUUACGCUGCUUGAUGAUGGAGGUGGAACGUUCGUCAUUACUAGUCCCAAGGGAGAACUCUUGACAUCUGCCUCUGCAAACUUGGACUACGAAACGCAAGAUUUGUACACCAUCAAAGUGAAGGCGACAGAUAAGGGAGGCAUGAGUAUUGAUACGGCAUUCACGAUCACAGUGACGGACAUCAAUGAGAAACCAAAUGAUCUCUCUAUGUCGAAUGCCAAGAUUGACGAAAACAGUCCAGCCGAUACAGUCAUCGGGACAUUACAAGGCAAAGAUCCGGACAACAUGAAGAAACAGAGGCAGAAUCUCGCUUAUACCUUGGUUGAUGAUGCCGACGGAAGGUUUAAAAUCGUUGACGGAAUUAAAGUCGUGGUUGCUGCGGCCAACACUGGUUGCCUCGACAGGACGUCAGCAGUAAAAUGUCAGCUGGACUUUGAGACGAAGACAAGCCAUAAUAUCCUUGUCAAGGUCACGGAUGACGGCACUCCUAGUCCGACAUCAGCUGAGAUGUCACUGACAGUUGAAGUCACUGAUGUGAAUGAGGUUCCAUACGGGAUCGUCCUCAGCAACUCUAAGAUUUCAGAGGCUGCGAAAGUCGGCACUGAAAUCGGCACCCCGACCGCAAGUGAUCAAGACAAAGGUCAGACUCUAACUUUUUCGGUUGCUGGAGCUGCCGUGGAGACGUUCAUUGUGGUAAAUGGAGCUGUUGUUUUGAAAAAGCCCGUGGACUUCGAGACACUGAGCUCGUAUAAGGUGACAGUGGUAGCAACGGAUGAUGGUACCCCAAAGAUGUCGGCAUCGGCUGAAUUCACGGUCAGUGUCCUUGAUGUGAAGGAGGCCCCUUCAAGUCUGACCUUGAAGGCGAGCGGCCCAGCCAGCUCGGACCUGACCCUCGGGAAGAUCGGCGUCAAGGAAAAUACUGCUGUGGGAAGAGUAGUUGCAAAGCUUGAUAUGAAAGACCCGGACACCAAUGAUAAACUGACGGUGAAGAUGGAUUCCACAGUGUUAUCUGCAGGAACACCAACAUGCAAAACACUGACACAGAAUGGCAUUGCAGGCACAGUCUGUGAGGCCGAUAUCAAGAUCAGUGAGGUCACCGACUAUGAAACCAAGAAACAAUACACGGUUAAGAUAACAGUAGUGGACAGCAGCGGAAAGGAACUCACUAAAGACUUCGUUAUGACGGUCAUUGACGAGAACGACCCUCCUACGGCGAUUGUUAUCAAUGGCAAGCCUGCACUAUCGACCCUCAGUGUGGCCGAGAACACCAAGGGGAGUGACCUCGCUACAUUGACCACCACAGACCAGGACGUUGGACAAACACAUACAUAUACCAUGCAGGGAGACAAUGUUGACUUUACGCUCACGGCCAAUGGAAAGCUGAUGGUGUCAUCCCAAGCCAAGCUUGACUAUGAGACAGCUCCAGCCACGGGGAUUGUACUGAAGGCACGCUCAUCUGAUGGCUCUCUGUCCGUCGAGAAGGAUAUCAAAAUCAUUGUGACAGACAUGAAUGAAGUCCCCUCUGAACUCACUAUCAGUGCCAACAAUGUCAAAGAAGAUGCUGCAUCAGGUACAGCCAUAGGAACAUUGGCUGUCGAAGACCCUGAUAAUAGUGUAAAGACAAGACAGACUUUCACAUUCAGGUUGAUCGACACGCAACUCGACAAAUUCGCCAUCGUAGGAGAUACUUUGAAGGUUGGCUCGAAACCAAAGUUUGAUUUCGAGAAAGGACCCAAAACAUACAAAUUGAGUGUCGGAGUGACUGACUCGGGGACUAAUGCCAAAGAAGUUCUGUUCCCAGUAACUCUUACCAUAACUGAUGCAAAUGACCCGCCGACAAAUCUGGCGCUAACAGGCGCCACCGUCGCCGAAGACGCCCCCCUCGGUACUAAAGUGGGUGUAUUGUCAGCAACGGACGUAGACGCUGGUCAGACGCUGAAAUAUUCCGUGGAAGACAACGAAAAGGUCGCCUUUGGUGUGGAAGGUGACGUCCUAGUUGUUGCUGGAGCCCUUGACUACGAACUAGAGGGAACAGUCAAAGUCAAGGUGGUAGCUUCUGAUAAUGGCAGCCCUCCACUCUCGAUCAGUAAAACAUUCCAAAUCACUGUGACCAACGUGAACGAGCCGCUGCGGUAUGCCAAACUCUAUCUAUCCUCUUGGAUCCAGAGUGAGUACAAGGUGGAUGAGGGUCUGGAGGUUGGGAUCAAAGUAGGAUACCUUGAGGUAGCUGACCCAGAUAAGGAUGAAACCAUAACGGCUCAGAUGCUUGAGGUCACGGAUGGGGUCCUCAAGGUCGGGACCAAGAAGUGUCAGCGGACGGACGUAAAGUACGAGACUACGAAGUGCACGUUCGACAUUAACACCGCACGAAAGAUUACAUUCCAGACAUCGAAAUCAGCAUACAGGUUGAAGUUAAAGGCCUCGUCACUACCUGCCAGCGUUAUUCUUGUGUCGGCACCGUUUAUGAUAAAUAACAAGAAUCAUGAACCGACAGAUAUCAUUGUAGAUUCCGCGAAAGUGCGUGAGGAUGCUGUCGGCGACAACGCCGAGAUCGGUGCCCUCCGCACGACAGACAUCGACAGCGAAGACCACCACACAUACACGCUACUCUCCGGGACCAAAUAUGUUGAGAUCGUUCAGGUAGCUGAGAAACCUUUCCUCAAAGCCAAAGCUGGGGAGUUAGACUACGAGGCGAUGGAGACGAUACCGGUCAAGAUCAAGUCCGUGGAUAGUGGUAAGCCGCCCAUGAGCAUUGAGAAGACUGUGGUCAUAAGCGUGAUCAAUGUCAAUGAGAUGCCCGUGGUGAAGGCGUUGUCAAACAAUGAGGUAAGCGUUACGGCAGCCCCGGGUACAAUAAUUGGUCGCGUUAUCGUGGAAGAGCCGGACAACGAAAAAGAAAACAUACAGAAGCACACGUGUACUCUUGGAGCCAAUUCCGAUGUGUUCAAGAUGGAUACCACCACCACGCCUAAUGCUAUCAAGUUGGCUGUGAAAUUAACAAAAAUCGAGACUGUUGACAUCUCGGUGAUUUGCACGGACGAUGGGACUCCGAAACUGACGUCAGUUCUCAAGUCAUUCAAAAUACACGUGAAGCAAGCAGCAGAUGUGCCAAAGCUGCUCCUUCUUGGCGGGUCACUGUCGGUGGAAGAAAAUAAAGCAGACGCUGUGAUUGGUCAAUUUUCAGUGAUAAAUGAACUUACUGGAAAGGAACUUGGCGUGACUAUCACGUAUCAACUUAGCACCAAUGCUGACAAAUUCCUAGUGGCCGGCUCACAGUUGAAGAUGAAGGUGGUUCCAGACUUCGAGAAAGAGGACCUCUUGCAUGUCGAAGUGAAGGCGAGUGGCAAGUUUGUCGACAAGGAUUUCAUCAUCACCAAGACAUUCAAAAUAAGCGUAAAGAACAUCAACGAAGCUCCAACUGCAAUCACGGCCACUAUAUCCAACCCUGUUCCGGAAAACAGCCAGGCUGGUUAUGAAAUAGGGACGCUUGACUCCACCGACGAGGACAAGGGGCAGACGUUCACUUACACCAUAGAAGCCGUGGACAGUGGGCACAAAGCGACAGUGGCUGACAUCAAAGGUGAUGCCUCUCUCAAGUCUCUGUUUACAAUCGACGGCGCUGAUAUCAAAGUCGGUGGAAACCUUGACUUUGAGAAAGUGUCCGAGUACAGCCUGAAGGUUGUGACCAAAGACAGCGGUACGCCUACUAUGUCCUACACAGGCCUGGUGCGGAUUCAGGUAGCAAAUCUCAAUGAGGCACCGACAGCUGUUAAACCAACACAACUGACGGUAGCAGAAAACAGCCCGAAGGAUACAAUAGUACAUAAACUGACCGUCACCGACGAAGAUGCGGGCGACACCCACACUUGCAUAAUCAGUAAAGUGGGUCUGCCUUCUAACUUUCCAUUUGCGAUCAAGGAGUCAGAUGUUGUGUUCGUGAAAGUCGCCUCGAUUGAUUAUGAGAAGAAGAGUCAAUACAGCUUUGAUCUCCAAUGCAAAGACAAGGCAGGUUUGACCUUCCUCCAGGUCAUCACGGUCAUGGUCACAGAUGUGAAUGAGCCACCAUACGAAAUAAAGAUUUCCCCCGAUUCGAUUCCGGAGAAUACGCCAAAAGGUGGCACUGCCUGUACAAUCGUUGCUAAGGAUCAUGAAAGCAGUAAGAUCACAUACAAAGUUGUCUCCGAUGCGUUUAGCCUACAAGGGACGAAUACCCUGAUCACAACUAUUGACCUCGACUUCGAGACGAAAUCAACCUACGACCUGAAGGUGAAUGCCACUGAUGAGGGAGGGCUGGUGACAACAGCUGACAUUGUCGUGAAGAUCAAAGAUGUAAACGAAGCGCCGACCGCCAUUAAACUCAGCACUCAGUCUGUUCCGGAGAACACGCCAGAGGGAACAGAAAUAGGGACUCUGAAGGUCACUGACGGGGACAGGGGACAGACACACACCUGCACUGUUCCUUCCAGUGUUCCCCUGACCGUUAUCCAGGGAACCAAAGUGACUGUGUCGGGGCCUCUUGACCAUGAACAGACCGAUGUACUGAAGUUUAGCGUGACUUGCACUGACAAUGGCAAUCCUGUCGCACGCGCAACGAAAGAGCUGACCUUGAAUAUUGAUGACAAAAACGAGCGGCCAACAUCAAUGACAAUCAACCCGCCGGACGCAGUCAAAGAAGAUGCCAAGGUCACUACCAAGGUCACAACGCUCACAGUAAUAGACCCGGAUGUUGGUGACACCAUAAGCUGCACCGUUAUUCCGGCCAAUGUCCCGUUCAAGGUGGUCAAUGUCGAUAAGAUACAGAACAUUCUGAAUCUGGAAGUCUCGGGGCCGUUAGAUUACGAGACUGCGCCUAAAUAUGACAUCAAGAUUCAAUGCACUGAUGAUGAAUUUAUGAUUAAGAAGCCUUUAACCAUAACUAUUGCCAACGUGAACGAACCACCAACAGAUAUCAUCAUGGUGAACCGAGCUCCCAUUAAAUCUACCUCACCGGCAGGCUACCCCAUAAGCAAACUCAUUGCCGAGGACCCCGACCCUGGACAGACACAUGUAUAUGAGGUCGUGGGACCAUUUUCUCAAUCUUUCGCUGUGAUAGGGAGAGAUAUCCUAACAUUAAAGACAGUCAUACCGCAAGACAUACUAAAAUUAACCAAGCCAAUGCUCUCAGUCGAAAUUACAGUCAAAGACAACGGUCUGUCAAAGGCACUUUCGUUUACAAAAACCCUCUUAAUUGGUGUUACACACACCGAGGUGAAGCCGACACUCACGAUAUCAAAUGAAGACGUUAAAGAGAACACUCCAGUGAAUUCAGUGGUGGCGACGUUUGAGCUGAACAACAUGCGGGAUGGCAAGGGCGGGUAUGAUAUCCGGCUGGUAGAGGAUGGAGACCUACCCUUCAAGAUUACCGGAAAUGAUUUGAUCUUGACGGCGAAAUUGAAUUAUGAUACCCGGAGCGCAUACGUCAUAAAGGUGAAUGUUAACUAUAAGAAGUACACGUUCGAUGUUAUAAAGACGAGUUUCACUCUCAGUGUUAUCAGGACUAAUAUAUGUAUUCCGAAGUGCAAGACGAACGCCAUGUGUGACACGAAUGCUGGUGGAGCUGCCGAGUGCAAGUGCAUGAAAGGUUACAUCAAGUCUCCUAAAAAUGAUGGGAAUUGCAUCAAUGAAGACGACUGCAAGAAGUAUAACCCACCUUGUCAUAAUGGUGGUACUUGUAAGGACGGAAUCGGGGAGUUCUCCUGCACGUGCCCCAAGGAAUAUGGAGGAGACAGGUGCGACGUUGCUAUGAAACCUCCACCGGUUUGCACACCAAACCCCUGCAAGAAUCAAGCUGUUUGUGUCAAAGAUGCCUCCAGUGGCUAUAAGUGUGAUUGCACACCUGGCUGGGAGGGUAAGCAGUGCAAGAAGAAUAAAGACGAUUGUGCGGCGGUGAAAUGCUAUUCUGGAGGAGUAUGCAAAGACCUCGUGAAUGAUUACGAAUGCUCGUGCCCAAAGAACAAGAUUGGUCUUAACUGCGAGUAUAAUGCAGCUGCUUGUGAUGCGUCCAAGUGCCCAGGAGAAAUCUGUGUGCCGAAAUUCAACGCAGUUGGGCACUUGUGCGCCAAACAAAGUGCCAAGACCACAAUCACUGUACCGGAGGGCAGUCGGAUACAACGGUCACUUUUGAAAUUGUUUAAGAAGGAGGCAGAUAAUCUGUUUAGGCGAUUGGAUGGGAUUCCACCAGGAAAGAAACAGGAAGAUAUGCCGGCAAUGAGGAUCUAUAUUCUCCAGGGUAAACAAACAACCAUUGUAAAGCGAGCAACAACUGGGAACACUUUGCUGUCCCAUGUGGUCUACAAUGAUGCUGGGAAAGUUUACAAUGAAACAGAUGUGAUCUCUGCGAUGAAGACUUCAUGCGAAGGCGAAACGGACGCUAUAUGUCAAGGAUAUAUCCAGCGUCACAAAGAGCUGCUUAAAAAGGAUGAGAAGAAGCCAGAGGGAGGUGGCGACAAUAUGAUGUUCAUUUACAUUGGCGCUGGUUGCGGUGGCGCCGUUUUAAUCCUUGUGAUCAUUAUUGUGGUAGUGUGUGUCAAGAAGCAGCGGAAGGCAUAGGGGGAGGAGAAAGAAUAGGGGGAUGGGCACACGAAGGAAGAGAAAAUGGCGAGAAAGUAGGCCUACUCCCGAAAUAAUAGAAUUUUACAUGUAUUCUGGUGGUCACUUCAAAUGGAGUAGCAUUUACUCUAUCCGCGAACUUAAGAGGUCAGUUUCGAAUUUAUGAAUUCCGCCCGUUUUCUACCGAGUCGGCUGUCCUAAUACGAAUUCAACAAAGGAUGUUAUAAAGUCAUACGUGUACAUAGCGGAGCUGUAGGAAGAUAGGUAACUCCCGAAUGGAGUCAGAGAUUGUAGAAAAAGGCCGAGACACCGACCUUUUAAGUCCGCGUAACGUGUGCUGAUCGAAACGUGGGGAAACAUUUUCCUGUCGUUGGUAUCACCUGUUGAACACAUUUUACAAAGUGUUAUGCUAGACUUCCUUUAGAUAAGACACCUCUGCCGCAAAAGCCACUAGACCAAGUCGGAGAAUCGUGGGGCCAAUUUCCAUCUACCCACACACUCAUUCUUGUCACCUCCCUGGUUGAUACAUUUGUGAUCCCCAAAGUACUAUAAUUAUGUAACAUACCACACGUAAAAGAUAUUACAUAUAUGUAACAUACCACACGUAAAAGAUAGAACAUAUACGUAACAUACCACACGUAAAAGAUAGAACAUAUAUGUAACAUACCACACGUAAAAGAUAGAACAUAUAUGUAACAUACCACACGUAAAAGAUAGAACAUAUAUGUAACAUACCACACGUAAAAGAUAGAACAUAUAUGUAACAUUCCACACGUAAAAGAUAGAACAUAUAUGUAACAUACCACACGUAAAAGAUAGAACAUAUAUGUAACAUACCACACGUAAAAGAUAGAACAUAUAUGUAACAUACCACACGUAUUAGAUAGAACAUAUAUGUAACAUACCACACGUAAAAGAUAGAACAUAUAUGUAACAUACCACACGUAAAAGAUAGAACAUAUAUGUAACAUACCACACGUAAAAGAUAGAACAUAUAUGUAACAUACCACACGUAAAAGAUAGAACAUAUAUGUAACAUACCACACGUAAAAGAUAGAACAUAUAUGUAACAUACCACACGUAAAAGAUAGAACAUAUAUGUAACAUACCACACGUAAAAGAUAGAACAUAUAUGUAACAUACCACACGUAAAAGAUAGAACAUAUAUGUAACAUACCACACGUAUUAGAUAGAACAUAUAUGUAACAUACCACACGUAAAAGAUAGAACAUAUAUGUAACAUACCACACGUAAAAGAUAGAACAUAUAUGUAACAUACCACACGUAAAAGAUAGAACAUAUAUGUAACAUACCACACGUAAAAGAUAGAACAUAUAUGUAACAUACCACACGUAAAAGAUAGCACAUAUAUGUAACAUACCACACGUAAAAGAUAGCACAUAUACGUAACAUACCACACGUAAAAGAUAUUACAUAUAUGUAACAUACCACACGUAAAAGAUAGAACAUAUACGUAACAUACCACACGUAAAAGAUAGAACAUAUAUGUAACAUACCACACGUAAAAGAUAGAACAUAUAUGUAACAUACCACACGUAAAAGAUAGAACAUAUAUGUAACAUACCACACGUAAAAGAUAGAACAUACCACACGUAAAAGAUAGAACUCUCGCAUGUCUUAUCUCAAAUAAAAGCAGUUAACAAUGGUUUGAGAAGAUAUGUUUCGAUGUUAUUGAUUUCACCACUCAUUACCAAGUUAGACCCCGUCAGUACCAUAACCAAUCUGGUCAAGGCACCAACUUCUUCUCGGAGGAACACACAAAUCGUUAUUGCCAUUGGUGGAUGUUUCUUGAUCAUUUACACUGAUAUUGAGUUACAGAUUUAUUAUUUACAAUAAUUUCAAACAUUCUACAUGUUUGACCACACAAUUUACACAAAUUACAGAUGUUACUUGUCCACUAAUACCACAGAUUUGGACACUACCUUAUGACACUGAAUUAGUCACAGCUUAAUUUUGACGCGACUCCAGUAUUUUCACUUGUUGGUCAAUCAACUUAAGCUUCGAAUUCUU